CGGCCGGGCUGCCGCUCCGUCCAGGCCCCAUGGGCCGAUAUUGGGGAUGGUGCCGCUGAAACAGGCGUUGCGAGAAACUCUCAGAGGAGGCAGUGACGGUUGGUUACGGCGCCUCUGAGAAAAUCUGAAAUCCCGGUUGGAGGAGACGCCAGUUCGCCAGUAGGACCGCGGGGAACCGGAGCCUGCCCUUCCCUCUCAGCAUUACAAUGGCUGAGUUGCUAGAGCUAGAAGGGCCGAUCAACUGGAAGGAAAGAUGCAUAGCUCUGGAGUCUCAACUGAUGAAAUUUCGCCUUCAAGCAAGCAAAAUUAGAGAGCUAUUAGCAGAGAAGAUGCAGCAGCUUGAAAAACAAGUUAUUGAUGCAGAUCGUCAAGCAGAAAAGGCUUUUCAGCAGGUGCACGUUAUGGAAGAGAAGUUAAAAGCUGCUAAUAUCCAAACCAGUGAGUCAGAGAUGAGGUUGUAUAAGAGAUAUCAGGAUCUGGAAACUCAGGUGCAGGAGAAAGAUGACAUUAUUCAGAAUUUGGAACAACAACUUGGAGAGCAGAAGCUAAUAAGAAUACAAGAGGCCAAAAUUAUAGAAGAAAAAGCAGCUAAAAUAAAAGAAUGGGUGACUGUCAAGCUUCAUGAGCUAGAAAUGGAAAAUCAGAAUCUUCGCAUGAUCAAUCAGAAUCAAACUGAAGAGAUUAGGAUAUUACAGAAUAAGAUGCAAGAUCUUCAGGAAAAGAAAUGUGUUCCUUUGGCACAAAAACCUGGAGAGGGUCAAAGGCUGAGUAGUCUGACUUUUGGAUGCUUCUUAAACAGAGCAAGAAGUCCUCAACAAGUCCCUAAGCCUGAAGAUACAAGCAAUUCUUCAUCAAAGCAAGCUGAAUUUAGUGAAGGCACUGGCAUGCUAGAGAAAGAAAUCCAGGAAACUUCCCUUGCUAGUCAGCUGUACGGGAAUAACAGAGGCUUGAAAUCACUGCAACAAAGCUCUUGUGGCUCUGAACAAAGACGAACAGUAAAAUCAAAAGAUCUUGACAGCAAUAUAUCUAAGAACUCUUGCAUUACAGUAAGUGACUGGAGUUCAGACGAGGAAGAAGGAGGUAAAGGAAAACCAAAAUCCAGAUGUGUGUCUACCCUUUCAAGUCACACAUCUGAAGAAGGAACAGGCUACAGCCGAAUUGGAAGUGAAAUGUAUUUGACAGCAUCAGAUGACAGCAGUUCUUUAUUGGAAGAUGAGAGCUUUGGAGUUCAGGAAAACAAACCCAAAAAAAGAUUUUCAUGGCAACAAGGGUGCCCUUGGAAAAGCCAGAAUAAUCUAAUUGGAAAGAACAACAUGGAAUCCUUCAGUGAAAAGAAAGCUCUCGAUAAUUUUUCAGAUGAACUGAAUAAGAGAUUUCAGUCCCAGAGGCUAGAUUAUUCGUCAUCCUCUAGUGAGGCAAAUACUCCAAGUCCAAUAUUAACUCCCGCUCUAGCACCAAAGCACCCAGCAUUGAUUCUGGCAGCAGGUUCUCAGUCUGGUAGAGAGUUGAAUUCUUCACCUAAUCUGCCACCACCAAAGAUGAGAACUCCCAGUGUUUUUACUAUAAGUGCAGCACUGGCAAAAAAACAUUUUAGUCAACCUCCUCUGUGUUCAGACAAAAUGUUUGGCAGAAACAGAAAUGCUAUAAGUAUGAUACGUCCGUUUAAGCCUCAGGAAACAGAUAUAGAUCAGGUGGAUGGGGAAGGUGCUGAUGUUUUAGAGAAAAUGGAGAUCAGCUGCAAUGACGAAUUGUUUACUUAUGAUACCUGUGAUACUCAGUGUGCAGAAGCCUUGGACUCUGGUGAUACAAGGAAAACUACUAGCAGUAAACCUCCUACUCCUCCACUGCAUCGAUUCCCCUCAUGGGAAAGCAGAAUUUAUGCUGUAGCUAAAUCAGGUCUACGUUUUUCUGAGGCCUUCAGUGCUGACUCUUUUAAUAAAAGUUCAUUGUCUUCAACUUCAUAUUCUCCAUCAGGACUCUAUACUUCAUUAAUAUACAAGAAUGUGACCACACCAGUGUACACCACUCUUAAAGGGAAAGCAACACAAAUAAGCAACAACCCCUUCUUAGAUGACUCCUCUGGAUCUGAAGAAGAAGACAGUUCCCAGUCAAGUUCACGGACCUCUGAAUCAGACUAUCGAAGUAGAAGUGGCCCAGGUAGCCCAAGGGCUAUGAAACGAGGUGUCUCACUAUCUUCAAUGACCUCAGAAGGUGAUUAUGCCAUCCCUCCUGAUGCCUACUCAACUGAUACAGACUAUUCGGAACCAGAACAAAAAUUACCUAAAACUUGCUCUUCUUCUAGUGAAAGUGGAAAAAAUGAACCACUGGAAAAAUCUGGAUAUUUGUUAAAAAUGGGUGGUAAAGUAAAGACCUGGAAACGACGAUGGUUUGUGCUUAAAGGGGGUGAACUGCUUUACUACAAGUCUCCAAGUGAUGUAAUACGAAAACCCCAAGGUCAAAUUGAACUAAGUGCAUCUAGCCGUAUUCUAAGAGGUGAUGGAAAACAAACUGUUCAGCUGACCACUGAUAAGAGAACUUAUUACCUGGCUGCAGACUCCCCAAACAUCCUUGAAGAAUGGAUCAAAGUACUGCAGAAUGUUCUUAAAGUACAGGCUGCAAGUCCUCUUUUCAUUCAGCCAGAUGUCAAACCAGCCAUGAAAGGCUUGCUUACUAAGGUGAAGCACGGUUAUUCCAAGAGAGUGUGGUGUAUACUUGUCAGCAAAACUUUGUAUUAUUUCCGCAGCCAAGAAGAUAAAUUUCCUUUAGGCCAGAUAAAGCUUUGGGAGGCGAAAGUUGAAGAAGUUGAUAGGUCCUGUGACUCAGAUGAAGAUUAUGAGGCCAGUGGCCGCAGUCUGUUAUCAACCCAUUACACCAUUGUCAUCCAUCCUAAAGAGCAAGGACCUACCUAUCUUCUUAUAGGAUCUAAACAUGAGAAGGACACUUGGCUUUAUCAUCUGACAGUUGCUGCUGGAAGCACAAAUAUAAACGUUGGGACAGAAUUUGAGCAGCUUGUCUGCAAACUGUUAAAUAUUGAAGGGGAGUCGACCUCUCAGAUAGGGAGGCAUCCUGCUCUUUGUCAUAGCAAAGAUGGGAUUACUUCUCCUCUUACAACUCUACCAUCUGAGGCUUUGCAAACAGAAGCUAUAAAAUUAUUUAAGACUUGCCAGUUAUUUAUAAAUGCUGCUGUGGACUCUCCUGCAAUUGAUUACCAUGUCUCUUUAGCCCAAAGUGCUUUGCAAGUCUGCCUUAUGCAUCCAGAGCUUCAAAAUGAAAUCUGUUGCCAGUUGAUCAAACAGACAAGGAGAAGGCAGCCCUCCAAUCAGAUAGGACCAAUCCAGGCUUGGCAGCUUUUAGCGCUCUCCGUUGGACUCUUCCUUCCCCAGCACCCAUUCCUUUGGCUACUCAAGCUCCAUUUGAAGAAGAAUGCAGAUUCCAGGACAGAAUUUGGAAAGUAUGCAAUUUACUGUCAGCGUUGUGUAGAAAGAACACAACAGAAUGGUGACAGAGAAGCCAGGCCAUCAAGAAUGGAAAUUCUUUCAACACUUCUAAGAAAUCCCUACCAUCAUUCCUUACCUUUCAGUAUUCCAGUGCAUUUUAUGAAUGGCAUAUACCAGGUUGUUGGAUUUGAUGCUUCUACCACAGUAGAAGAAUUUCUGAACACACUCAAUCAAGACACUGGAAUGAGGAAACCUGCCCAGUCAGGUUUUGCUUUGUUUACUGAUGAUCCUUCUGGCAAGGAUAUAGAACAUUGUCUUCAAGGAAACAUCAAGAUCUGUGACAUUAUUUCCAGAUGGGAACAAGCUUCUAAAGAGCAGCAUCCUGGAAAAUGUGAAGGCACAAGAACAGUACGUCUUACAUACAAAAACAGGCUCUAUUUUUCAGUUCAAGUCCGUGGAGAGACAGAACGGGAAAAAGUGCUAAUGAUGUACCAAGCAAAUGAUCAAAUUCUACAUGGGCUAUUCCCUAUAAACAAAGAACUGGCACUGGAAUUGGCAGCACUUCUGGCUCAGGUGGAGAUUGGGGACUUUGAAAGGCCUUUCUCAACUCCAGCUGGGCAAGACACUUCCCAGUCCAAAUCUAAUCAAACAUUAAAACAAGUUGUGGAGAAGUUUUAUCCAAAAAGAUAUAGGGACGGCUACUCAGAGGAACAGUUAAGACAGCUUUGCCAGAGACUGUCAACAAAAUGGAUGGCUCUCCGUGGUCACAGUGCUGCUGACUGUGUUCGUAUUUACCUUGCUGUUGCUCGAAAGUGGCCUUUCUUUGGUGCUAAGCUAUUUGCUGCAAAAUCUCUGACAAUAUCUCCAGUAGAGAAUGCUUUCAUAUGGCUUGCAGUUUAUGAAGAUGGCAUAAGUGUUCUUGAAUACAGCUCUAUGAAAUUAAUAGUGACAUACUUAUACAAGAACCUAAUGACCUUCGGAGGUUAUCAGGAUGACUUUAUGCUGGUGGUUAAUAACAUGCACACACAUGAAAAGCCAAUGGAGAAACUCCUGUUUGCUAUGAGCAAACCAAAGAUACUUGAGAUCACUCUUCAAAUCGCCAGCUACAUUAACAAUUUCCAUCAGCAAAAAGGAACUGCUCACCACUUCUCUGCUCCAGCAAUAUUGUCUCUACAGACAGAAAGACAAAAUAGCAAGGACAUAGGUUGUCAUCCAUUAUUGCUGAAGAACAGACCAACCAAAGGACCUACUUUGUUAUGAAAAAGUCAUAUACCUAUGAAAAUAAAUGGUGGUUGCAUGUUUGAUGACUACAUUGUAUUGUGCUACAGGAGCACGGAUAAAAUAGUAUGUUUGAUGAUCUGUUAGUGGUACUACCCAUGAGCCAGUUUAGGCUCAAGCUGAGACUAAUGUAAAAGAUGACCUUGACCUCUUUAAAAAAGACUCCAACAGCAUCUAAAUCCCCUUUUGUGUGUGUGUGUGUGCAGACGUUUCAGCUGACUUGCAGUAACCUCUCAUGAGGUUUUCAAGGCAAGAGAUGUUCAGAGGUGGUUUGCCAUUGCUUGCCUCUACAUAGCAAGCCCUGGACUUCCUUGGUGGUCUCCCAUCUAACCCUGCUUAGCUUCUGAGAUUUGACAAGAUGGAUCAUCCAGGGCAGGGCAGGGAGAGCCAGUUUGUUGUAGUGGUUAAGAGUGCAGGACUCUAAUCUGGAGGUUUGAUUCCCCACUCCUCCACUUGAAGCCAGCUGGGUGACCUUGGGUCAGUCACAGCUUCUAGGAGCUCACUCAGCCCCACCCACCUCACAGGGUGUUUUGUUGUGGGGAUAAUAGUGACAUACUUUGUAAACC